AAAGGGAAAUGGCGGCCGAUGGCUGCGCCUGAUUAGAGGGGGGUGCCGGGAGAUACAGUGGCGCUGCCCCGGUGGGAAGAGGGCACUGACUGGAGGCAUACAGUAAACUAGCUGGACCUCGGCCGGAGGGAACAAUGGUGAAGACCCGGCGCAGUUCGUUGAAAGGCCAAAAUGAGAGGUUCAUUUCUUCUCGUACCCGGUCCAAUAAGAGUCUGGUCCGGGCCAGUAAGGAGCCGGCACAGAAGGAUACCUGCAGUGAUGUGUCGUUGAGUGACAGCCACUUAUCUCCUCCAGCCAAACGGAAUUGUAAGCAUGCUGAGCCUGUCUGUAAUGAAAGCCAAAAAACACGUACAACCAGCCCGCGAGAGGGUUGGGGCAUUUCUACAAGACGAUCAAGGUUGAAUUCUCAGACUGGUGCUACAUUACCAAACAGCCGCACUAGCUUAUCUCUUAGAAGUCACCCACGUCUUGUUGAGAAGGAGGCUAGUGUUGAACGCGCCUGCAUUAAUGGCACCAGAGAAGUCAGAAGAAGCUGUAGGUCCAAGAGUAACCGAUUUGAAACCUUGAAUCAGAGCUUAUUAUUUGAUCAACUUGUUAACAGUACUGCUGAAGCUGUGUUGCAGGAAAUGGAUAACAUAAACAUCAGGCGGAGUGGGAAAUCUAGAGAGGUGGAGCGGUUAAGAAUGUGGACCGAUACUGAAUUUGAGAACAUGGAUAUGUAUUCCCGUGUGAAGAGAAGAAGAAAAAGUCUUCGACGAAAUGCCUAUCCAAUCAAGAAUCGGCAUGAGGAAUCCUCAGAAGGAGAAGAGGACGUUUCAGAAGAAUCCCAGGAGGAAGGUGAGGAUGGAGAUGAAGAAGCGGAGGUGGAAGGAGAGGAAAUUGACCGACCGUACAACUUGAGACAGAGGAAAACUGUUGAGAGAUACCAAGCACCUCCUAUCGAGCCAGCACAUCAAAAAAAGAGGCAAAGCACUUUGUUCGAUACACACAGAUCUCCUGCAAGAAGAAGUCAUAUCCGCGUUUUCCGUAACUCCGCUAUCUGGGAAUUCACCCCUGCAAGAAAUUUGUCCAUCUCAUCGAUGGUGCGUUUCGAUAGUGUUGGUGGUCUGAGUGAACACAUUCACGCAUUAAAAGAAAUGGUUGUAUUCCCUCUUCUUUAUCCGGAGAUUUUUGAAAAAUUUAAAAUCCAACCUCCUAGGGGUUGUCUCUUCUUUGGCCCGCCUGGAACAGGUAAAACUUUGGUUGCCAGAGCACUUGCCAAUGAAUGCAGUCAAGGUGAUAAGAAGGUGUCAUUCUUCAUGCGCAAAGGAGCCGACUGUCUCAGCAAAUGGGUGGGGGAGUCCGAGCGACAGCUGCGGCUCCUGUUUGACCAAGCAUAUGUGAUGCGGCCGUCUAUUAUCUUCUUUGAUGAAAUAGAUGGCCUAGCUCCAGUUCGCUCCAGCAGGCAGGAUCAGAUACAUAGUUCUAUAGUAUCAACGCUGCUUGCACUCAUGGACGGAUUGGACAAUAGAGGUGAAAUUGUCGUUAUUGGUGCUACCAACAGACUUGAUUCAAUAGAUCCAGCACUCAGGAGACCUGGUCGGUUUGACAGGGAAUUUCUUUUCGGUUUACCUGAUCAGAAGGCAAGAAAGCACAUAUUGCAAAUACACACCAGAGACUGGAAUCCUAAACUGUCUGACGCAUUCCUGGUUGAAUUAGCGGAGAAAUGUGUUGGCUACUGUGGAGCUGACAUUAAAGCACUUUGCACUGAGGCUGCCUUGAGUGCCCUUCGUCGGCGCUACCCUCAAAUUUAUGCCAGCAGUCAGAAGCUGCAACUGGAUAUUUCUUCAGUUGUUCUUGGUGCCCAAGAUUUUUACCAUGCAAUGAAAAACAUUGUGCCUGCUUCUCAACGUGCUGUGAUGUCUCCUGGACAAGCUCUUACCCCUGUUAUAAAGCCGUUAUUAGAGCGCACUUACACUUACAUCAUCCGUGUGUUACACAAAGUCUUUCCUCACGCUGAGCUCAGCAAAAACCACAAAAAUGAUGAUGUUUCAAGUCUCCUACUGGAGGACAGUGAAGACGAGAAUGAUUUGUCCAUAUUUGAUGUGAGUUGUGUCUCAGGAUCACCAAAGAAACAACAAGCUGCUCUCCACAAACCCUUUCUCCACUUCACAAUGUCUGCUUGCCACCAGCCAACCUCUUGCCGACCCCGGUUGCUUCUCUCUGGGGAGCCUGGCUCGGGUCAGACUUCGCACCUUGCUCCUGCUGUGUUGCACACCCUUGAAAAAUUUUCUGUGCACAGACUAGAUCUACCAGCACUUUACUCUGUUAGUGCUAAAACUCCUGAGGAAUCAUGUGCACAGAUAUUCCGUGAAGCACGGAGAUCAGUACCCAGUGUUGUUUACAUGCCUCAUAUUGAAGACUGGUGGGAUGCUGUCAGUGAAACUGUGAGAGCAACUUUUUUGACGCUUCUACAAGAUAUACCAUCAUUUUCUCCUAUAUUUUUACUAUCUACCUCUGAAUCUGCAUACAGUGAACUGCCAGAGGAGGUGAAGUGUAUUUUCAGGAUUCAAUACGAGGAGGUUUUUAUUAUUCAAAGACCCAGCAAAGAGGAUCGUAUGAAAUUUUUUCAGGAUCUUAUACUCCUCCACGCAGCUAUGCGCCCUCCAAGGAAUCGAAAAGCUGCACAGCGGGCUUUGGAAGUUCUACCUCUUGCUUUGCCACCACCAUGUCACCAGCUCUCAGAAGUGGAAAAACAACGUAUGGAGGACCAUGAAGAGAAUACACUGAGGGAGCUACGAUUAUUCCUCAGGGAUGUCACCAAACGUCUGGCCACUGACAAGCGUUUUAGCAUCUUCAGCAAACCGGUGGAUAUUGAAGAGAUUUCAGAUUACCUUGAAGUUAUCAAACAGCCCAUGGACCUUUCCACCAUAAUGACCAAAAUUGACAAACACCGUUACAUGACAGUCAAGGAUUUCCUUUUGGAUGUUGACCUUAUCUGUAGCAAUGCUUUGGAAUACAAUCCUGACAAAGAACCGGGAGAUAAGAUUAUUAGACACCGUGCAUGCAAUCUGAAGGAUACUGCACAUGCCAUUAUUGCUGCUGAACUUGAUCCAGAGUUCAAUAAACUUUGUGAAGAGGUUAAAGAAUCCAGAACCAAAAGAGGUUUGACGGUGACUUCAGAGCAAAUAAAUCCUCAAAGUUCUGUAGCUCGCAGACUAGAUACUGGUGCUGAAGAAGCGUUGCAGAACAAACAUGGAACUGUGUUAGAUGUUGGAAACCAAUCUGGAGGUAAAUGUACGUUUCCUCUUCGGAGAAAGCAGCGCAGACGUCCUCAGUGGGGGAGAGGAAUAAUUAAAAAGAAAAAAUCCACCUAUUACUUAAAGAAAGAAGAUGAGGAUGCCAAGUUUAGAGAGUAUGAAAAUCAUGAAGAUACACUUGAAAACGGUGAUUUGGAGCUUGAGGAAAAUGGAGAAGAGACUGGAGACCUCUCUUUGACUAAUGAUGAAUCAUCCUGUGACAUCAUGGAUGGAGAUACAGAACACCACAAUGGCACCCAUGGUAAGGGUAGCAGUAGCUUUGUGUACACUGAAGAGGACAGUUCUAAUGAAUCUUUACUGGUAAAUAGCAAGAUGUCACUGAAAGGAACGUCUGUAGGCGGAAAGAAUCAUGCUAUAGCUUUGGACUGUUUGAAUGGCAGUGCUUCUUAUGACAGUUUGGAAAGUGUGCAAGAACUUAACUGCAAGGGUAAAGCUGGUAAGCUGACACCUAUUGAGAAAAGUCAGAGUUCCAGUAUUAGUGAACACCCUAAGGAAGGACUAGCAAAUUGUCAAUUAACUGGUGACAAUGCAGCAAACAUACACAAUGAUCAAAUGCAAGCUGUGCAUGACAAUGACCACACAAGGAGGCCGCCAAGAAUAAAUACAGUGGAUAAUCAAGUAGGUGAAUCGUGCAGCAGUUUGUUGCCGAAUGAGCACGUUUUGGAGGAGAUUAUGGAGCCAGAACCCCCUUUGAUUGUGGACCAUGAGAGGUUAAAGAAACUUCUUCAAACAGUUGUUAAAAAAAGCCACAAUUUCACGGUUGAUCAACUUGAAAGGUGUUUCUCUGUUCUCAGUCAAUGUAUCUACCUGCAUCGGAAAGAUUAUGACAAAACAAAACUAAUAGAGGAGAUGGAAAGAACAGUUGACAUGUUUUGAAACAUUCCUGUGAAGGCUUUCAAUGCAGGGAGCUUAUCUUCAUUGAAGAGCAUCCUCUGAGUUCUUAGAUUAGAUAUUUAUUUCCAGUGGCACCAUUAUUUGCUGAGCCCAUGUCUUGAGCUUUUGAUAUUUCUCCCACCGCUGUUCAGUGAGAUUGGUGCUAACAUCUCAGGUACUAAAUGCCAACCAGCCUACUAGAACCAAACAAAACUCCACAACAAUGGAUAAAACACAACUCAACAGCUUGAAGAUUUGCGGUGCUAACUGUGGUUGGAUAGGAAAUCCACCUCUGAAGAGCAAGCCCUCAGAAACAUCCCCUUCAAGUAUCAGAAGUAGUUUAGAUAUAUAUAUGUGUGAUUGGACUAAGCAAAACUGGAUCACAUGCAAAAUAACCAGAAAGCGUGUAUUAAUCAUUUUUUCGUUUUUUUUUAAUUUCUACUCAUCUGUUGUGUUGUGCUGUUCAGGCAGACUGUUGAGAAUCAAGCAGUGGCAGCUUGCUAUUUACCUUCUUUUUUUUUUAUAGAGACUGAAGAAUCACCUCUGCAUGCUGCCAAGUUUGUGCCUUUUUUGUACCCCUUAUUUAGGAUAUUUAAUGGUGAUUGUGAGUAGGGGUUCAAAAAUGUAGCUUCUAAGCUUGAAAAUGAACAUCAGAGAGUUCUCUCAGCCUGUUGAAGUGGUUCAUGGUUUUGCUGAGUUUUUUUUUUGUUGGAAGCAGUUUUUUUUUAGUGGUCUUUGUGUGUUGGUUAGCUGAUGUAACUUUUUGUCUACAGUAUAAACUCCUUGUAAGUAGGCCAUUCAGUGUACCUGUAAGUGCAAAUAGUAUUUAAUAACAUGGUGCUGGUUAUCUAAAGGUAUUAAGGGGAUCCUUCACAAAUGCUAAAGCUGUCAAUCUUAUGAAAUUCCUGUUCGGGUACUUUUGGAUAAUAUGAUUAAAUAUUUGGGGCACUCUUUUACAGCACCACUUGAUAUGUUCUGGGGUUCCCUCCCUCUCAUACAUAUUGUAUUUUUUAUUUAAAUAGAAAAUAUUCAGCAUACAGUUCUUAAUAUUACUGUGUAUGAGAAAUAACUUAUUGUAUGAAAACGGGUCACUGAACAAUGACUGCUUUGAUGAAUUGGACAUAAUUCAUGGAGUUUAAGAAUCAUUUAUUACUUUAGACUCUAGGCUUUUCCCAUAGUUCAUUGAUCUCCAUUAUUGCCUGUUGUUUUCAUUUAUUUUUCAGGCGUUGAAUCUAUUAACGAGUCAAUAUUUGUUUCUGGUAGGUUGGUAGUAUAUAUGAACUUGCAUUAAUUAUCUCAAAAUGUGGUGCAGUCCCACAAAUAGAGUUCCAGUAAGCACAAGUCACUUUAUAUAGGAGUCCUUUGGCACAUUGAUUAGAUAUUUCUUUAAUCUGUGAUAGUGCUUACUGGAACAGUAUUGCACAGAAAAUCCAUCAUCUUAAAACAAAUUAUCCAUUUAAAGCUUUUUAGUUAUUGUAUACAAAAAAACUUGUAAAUAUCACCUCUUUGUACCAUUCACACAUUAGCAAUCAUUUUUCUCAAACGCUCUUCGGUAACUGACCAUUAGUUCAUCAUUGUUUAAAAUACAUUCUACAUGCCAUUGAAAAUGGAUAUUUCUUUUUAUGCCACUUUUUUUCAUAGGCUAAAUGUAUGCAUUUUUUAUCCACGUUCUUGUUGCUAAAGAUGGUUUCAUUAAAAGAAAAUGUGUUUUUCUACUUUUGUUAUGAAAGUGGUCAGACCAGUAUUGAACAAGGAGAACAAGUUACUAUCACUUUUAUGUGUAUGUGCUAAAAUGUCUACCUUUUUGUGUUGGUAACUACAAUAUGCAUAGUUUCAUUUGGAAAAAAAAUAUCCUGUAAAACUGCUUUGUUUCAUUCAACCUUUAGCUUUAUCGGUUUUCUUCUAAAUUAAUAUAAGGUGUUUUUCAUGGAUAUGUAAACCAACAUUUUAAAUUAAACAUACUGCAGCAUCAAACUUCCCUAGCUACUAUGUGUUCAUUAAAGGGGUACUAAACACUCAUUUUUUAUUUCAUGAGUCAGACAGAGCAUGCAUUUUUAAGAAACUUUCUAAUUUACUCCUGUUAUCAAUUUUUCUUCGUUCUCUUGCUAACUUUAUUUGAAAAAGCAGAAAUGUAAGCUUAGGAUCUGGGCCGUUUUUGGUUCAGAAUGCUGGGUAGCGCUUGCUGAUUGGUGGCUACAUUUAGCCACCAAUCAGCAAGCGCUACCCAGGUGCUGAACCGAAAAUGGGCCAGCUCCUAAGCUUUACAUUCCUUUUUUUCAAAUAAAAAUAGAAAGAUAACAAAAACAAAUGUUAAUAGGAGUAAAUUAGAAAGUUGCUUAAAAUGUCAUGUUCUAUCUGAAUCAUGAAAUAAAUUUGGGUUUAGUAUCCCUUUAAUGCAUUUGCAUCGCCCUGAAAUACGCUACACGUAUUUUAGCGCCCUUCUUGUAAUAAACCUAAUGUUAUAAAAAUUUCUAAAAAGCAAGUAUCUGAGCACUCAAGGGGGGCAAAAAUAAAGGUAAAAAUUAUUUAUUGAAAAACGUAUAAAAAAUGCAUAAAUAUGCAAGAUAGCAAGGAUGGCUGUCCUGGCGCGUUUUGCGCCCCCUAAUUAAAAAUUAAUGGCAACAUCUCAAACUCACGUGCAGGUCAACCAAAUAGAACUAUGAAACUAUUUGGUCCCAGCAUAACGUAAAGCAAUAUGGGAUUAAAAUAAAGACACACAGGUCUUAGGUUUGUAGUAUUUCACCAAUGUAUGCAGGAAGUUGUGCGUAAACCAAAUACUCACAAUUUUAUGUACGGUUUUAUGUCCCUUCAAGCUAAAAUACAAUGGACUAAGCAAGCGCUAGAUGUUAAAAAUAAAGUAACUAUUGUGUAUAAAUUUGUAGCCAUGAAUUGCUGCUUUAAAUCCUGUUCAACUUAUUUCCUGUUCAAUCUGUACCAUCAUCUUGUAUGUUUUUGCCAUCAGGAAAUGGCUGUGAAAACUGUGUUGUUUAUAUAUGAUUGAUCAGGGAAAAGUCAAAAACUAUUAAUUUGAUGUCUCACUGAUGGAGUAGAAUCUUUAAAAAAAAAAAAAAAAAAAUAUUAUAUAUAUAUAUAAUUUUUUUUGCAUAAUUGGUCCGACAAGUUUCUAGUCUCAUGGCUAACAUGUACGCUUGACCACUUCUCUUUUUUUUUUUCUUUUUUUUUCCAAAAUUUUGUUCAUACUAAAGGCAAACAUCUGUUGGCAACGUUCUGGGUGUUUUUCUUGCAUAAGGGGUUAUUUGCUGACCUCUGUUUUUGCUGCAUUUUAAUGUAUAUUUAUUCUGGUUUAAUGCAUUAUGAUUUUUUUUUUCCAUUUAGAAAAAUGUGCUAUAGGUACAACCUUUCCAAUGUCAUUAACUUUGUAUGGAUUUGAACUUUUUCAAAAAUGGGUUUUUUAUUGUUCAUUACUGACCUUGAAAUAAUUCAUGAGAUCAGGUUUGUUAAUAAAGAAAAAAAACAAAGAAAAAAAAAACAUUUUUAAAGGGUUUUGGUUGUUAAAAAAUGUUUAACAAUGAGCUGCUGUUUCUAUAAUUGAAUCUGUUCUAAACAAAAAAAUAAAUAAAUAAAAUUUUAAAAAGUUCUAACUCUAA